UACUCAUUGAAAAUGUCGUGCCAAAAAUCAUGUGAGGGGUGUUCGUGCCCCAAAGUUCCAGCUCAAUCCAUCAACAUUGAAGACUGCAUUAGUGAGCUUGAGAUUCUACGGAAGCGCAAUCGUGAACUCGAGUCCAAACUCGAAGUGAAUAAGAAAGUGGAAGUUCCAGCUGAGAUACCACCUGCUAGGAAAUCUCUCCGCUCAUCAAAAUGGUUCGACUGUCGCAGCGACCCCGGCAUGACGGCCAUCUACAUGGAGCGAUACUUCAACUUCGGCAUCACCCGUGAAGAACUCAUGUCCGGCAAGCCGAUUAUCGGUAUUGCACAGUCCGGUUCCGAUCUGUCCCCGUGUAAUCGGCACCAUGUGGAGCUUGCAAAGCGGGUGAGAGAGGGAAUUCGCACGGCAGGUGGUAUAGCGAUUGAAUUCCCCACGCAUCCAAUUCAGGAGACAUCACGACGACCGACGGCGACAUUGGAUAGGAAUCUGGCGUAUCUUACCAUGGUGGAGGUGUUGACAGGGUACUUUUUGGAUGGAGUUGUGUUGUUGACCGGUUGUGAUAAGACAACGCCGGCUUUCCUGAUGGCCGCUGCUACAGUGGAUAUUCCGGCAAUUUGCAUGAAUGUCGGACCGAUGUUGAAUGGAUACUCUAGAGACACACUCACGGGUGCCGGGUCUGUCUUAUGGAAAGGCAGAGAAAUGUACGCCACGGGAGAGAUUGACGAGUAUGAGUUUAUGGAAUACGUAUCGAGCGGAACCCCCUCCGUCGGCCACUGCAACACAAUGGGCACCGCGUCGACCAUGAACGCUCUCGCUGAAGCACUCGGCAUGGCUCUCCCCGGCUCAGCAGCCAUCCCAGCUGCCUACAGACAUCGCGCUCAAUGUGCUUACGAAACCGGAAAGCAAAUCGUCGAGAUGGUUGAGAAUGACCGCAAGCCAAGCGACAUCAUGACCCGUGAGGCGUUUGAGAAUGCCAUUGUUGCAAAUGCAGCUAUUGGUGGGAGUACGAAUGCACCGAUCCAUAUCAAUGCCAUUGCUAAGCAUAUGGGGAUCGAGGUGAGUAUGGAUGAUUGGGAUAGGAUAGGAGCGACAAUUCCGUUGCUGUUGAACAUGCAACCGUCUGGGGAGUACCUGGGAGAAGAGUACUUCCGAUCUGGGGGCCUUCCUGCUAUCAUGGCGGAGUUGAUGGACGUGGGCAGGAUACAUGAGAAUAUCCUCACAUGUAAUGGACGGACAGUAUCUGAGAAUGUCAAGGGGAAGCAUUCCUGGAAUCGAAAGGUCAUCCGGCCAUACAGCGACCCACUGCUCAAAGAAGCUGGAUUCAUCCACCUGAAAGGCACACUCUUCGACUCAGCCAUCAUGAAGAUCUGUGCCAUUUCUCCCGCCUUCCGACAACGAUAUCUCUCUAACCCAGAUGAUCUCGAAGCUUUCGAAGGUCCAGUUGCUGUCUUUGACGGACCAGAAGACUAUCACCACCGCUUAGAGCUAUCCGACAACAUCACCGACCAAACCAUCCUGGUUAUGCGCGGGGUAGGACCACUCGGCUACCCAGGUGCCGCAGAGGUGGUCAACAUGCAUCCACCCAGUUAUCUCCUGAAGCAAGGUGUGGACGCCUUAUUCUGCAUCGGUGAUGGUCGGCAAUCAGGGACUUCCGCUUGUCCGUCCAUUCUCAACGCCAGCCCCGAAGCAGCGGCGGGUGGAAACCUCGCCAUUCUCCGUGAUGGAGACAAGUUGCGUAUUGAUUUACGGAAGAGGAAAGUGGAUAUUCUGAUCGGUGACGAGGAGCUGCAGCAGCGCAGACACGAGCUGGAUGCACGGGGUGGAUACCCUAUGGUCCCUAGCUCAACACCGUGGCAGGAGAUAUACAGACAGGAAACGGAUCAAUUGGGCAACGGCAUGGUGAUGCGCAAGGCCACCAAAUAUCGGGGGCUGGGGCAGCUGGAUGGGCCGAGACAUAACCAUUGAUGGUUGAUCUUCUGUUCGUUUACUUCAUCUGUGUAUAUAAUUCGUCUAUUUCGCUCGUAUUCUAUUCCCGCUACACCGCAACGACCAAACCAUAAAGUACAGCCUCCACGGCUCAUAAAAACUCUAUAUCAUAAUGUAACAUGAGAGCAUUACGCGAUGAUAUCCACAUUUCAAUCCUUUUUUCCUGUCAGUAUUAUGAUAUGAUGUAUUUCAAUGAUUCUGAG